GAGAACGCAGGUUGGGAAUAUGAGUUCUCUUGGUUUUGUAAAUUGUAAUGUUCUUUCUUCUUCGAAAUGGAAUUUUUUUAUUCCUGGUGCGAAACAAAAAUGUUGCAUAUUUAUAAUGUAAACGUUCAGUUAAAACUAUUUAAAUAUCCCGGCUUUUUUAGCAGACGAUAUUGCGAUUCUUCCCCCGUCUCGCGUACAAAGUCUGCAUUUGUUGUCAAAUAUGGCUGCGAAGGUCCAUGUGGAUAGUAGUGUUGGUGAAAGAAGACUUCGUCCAAUAUACGAUUGGCUUGACAAUGGCAAUAACAAGAAGGCUCUGCAGGAAGCUGAGAAAGUCCUUAAGAAGCAGCCGAAUUUCCAAUGUGCAAAGGUCCUCAAGGCUCUUGCACUGCUGCGUCUUGGAAAAGAGGAUGAAUGUAUGCAGCUUCUUGAUGCUGUCAGAACUGAAAUACCAUGUGAUGACUCCACGUUACAAGCUAUGACCAUCUGUUAUCGAGAGAUUCACAAUCGUAUGCUAGCAGCUGAACGGAUAUGUGAGAUAUAUGAGGCAGCUACAAAGAAAGAACCAAAUAAUGAAGAGCUCCUGACCCAUUUGUUUAUGUCGUAUGUUCGCGUGGCUGACUACAAGAAACAACAGCAAACUGCGAUGGCACUCUACAAGCUUAAACCGAAGAACCCAUAUUACUUUUGGGCUGUGAUGAGUGUUGUAAUGCAGGCACAUAAGGCUGACGAAAAGUUGGCCAAAACUGUUGUACUCCCUCUUGCUGAGAGAAUGGUAAAGAAGUUUGUGUCUGAUGGGAAGAUUGAAGCGGAGCAAGAAGUCCAACUUUAUCUAAUGAUUUUGGAGAUGCAGGGUAAAUAUGAUGAGGCGUUACAAGUUGUGGAAGGACCAUUAGGUGAAAAGCUUAUUUCAUAUGUGUUCAUUCCUUUGAAGAGAGCUAGCCUACUCAUGAAGUUGGAAAGGUGGCGAGACACCAAUAUUCUGUACAAAUUGCUUCUAAGAGAAGACAUGGAUCGCUGGUCAUAUUAUAUGGACUACUUCACAUCUGCUCUAGCAUUGCUUGAUUCUGGGCAAAAUGAUUCUGCUAAGGUAGCAGAUUCAGUGACACCAACUGACAGUGAUGGGAGCAUUGAUGCAAGGUGGCAGGUUGCAGACUGUACACUUGAAAUGUGCAAGGAUUUUCUAUCCCUUUUACUGUCAGAGAAUGAGGCUCUCUCUAGACGGUUGCGGGGACCAUAUCUUGCCUAUCUGGAAUUUUACAGAAGACUUCAUGAAAGAGGAGACAACCCAGAAGAAUUUUUAGGUGAUAUUGUAGAGCUGUUUAUGAGGUAUUUCCGUAACUUUGGAGACAAACCGUGCUGCGUGUCAGACCUCAAGAUGUUUCUACCAUUGUUACCAAAUAAUCGCACCAAAGAUUUCAUUCAAAAAGUAAAUGAAACAGUUGGCCUCAGAGAAGGAGAACUCCCAUCAUCGAUCAGACGAAUGCAGCAACACAUCAGCAGUGUUCAGUUGAGUCGUUGUGUGGGCUGUCAUAUGGACCUCAACGUGGUAGACAAGCUGGCAUUGGCAUCAUCUCUGCUUCAAUACUAUGACCAUGGACACACCUUUAAUAGAGAUGUUCUGCAGACGGAAUUUGCGUGUAAUGAUCCAUACGCUCUCUUGGCUGCACACAUUCUGUAUGAUGUUUGGGUAGACACGGGGAGCAGUCAGCAUAUUUAUGAUGCCAUUCUAGUACUUGAAUAUGCACUUACUGUCAGUCCAUCAAACUUCCACAUCAAACUCUUGUUACUGCGAUUCUACACCAUAUUAGGGGCUGGAGGUGCAGCUCAUCGAGUCUAUGAACUGUUGGAUGUGAAACACAUGCAGCUUGAUUCUCUUGGGUAUUAUCACUGUAACCAUAUUUUUGUUACUGGUCAGUUGGCGGCAACUUCAGCACUAUAUGAGGCAACACUCAAGUUUUUUACUGGAAACUAUAAAGACAGUGCAGAUCACCUGACAUUCUCUUAUAAAUUUGGUUCCUUUCUGAAGAUCGAAGAAUUUGUUGAGUUUCGAGAAAGGCUGAAAAACUCACUACAUUAUGCGCUUGUUACUAUUGAAAGAAUUCUCUUUGAGCUGGUUAUAAGUAAAAACUUUUUGGAUACGGUUAAGUAUAUAGAAGGGAUGGAUGUGACACCUGAGAAAGAUAAAGUGGAUUGGGAUAACCUCCAGGACAAUCGGGAUGUGCAAGUAAUCACAUCAUGGGAUCCUCACUUAAGGCAAGUCUCGAAGGAAAUUGAACAUCAAAUCUUUUUGGAUGAUAUGUCAUUCCUGCGUAUCCGGAAUUUGACGGUUCGGUGCUUGGCAGCGGCUGUGGAUAUUGGUUGUGCUAAUGAAAGCAAUUCACCAGACCCGAAGCAGCAGCACCAUUCAGACAAUGUCGAACCAGUUAUGAAUGGCGAGAUUAAGGACGAUGCGAUAAGUGUUCCUCGUUAUGAAACAUUUGUCAAAAUCUGUGAUGAACUGCUCAGUCUGUACGAAAGUUUUACAGCGAAUCCCACUAUUCAAGUCUCUCAGAACGUAAUUGGAGCGCCGUUACCAUCUCGUCUGUAUGGUUACUUGGCUUCUUCAUCAUGCUGUGUACUGUUGGAAUUGUUUGGUCUUAUUAAAUUGCUUAUACAAGACAAUGAAGACGAAUCAUUGACAAAAAUGGCCAGUACAGCAGCAGAAUUGGUUACUUCUGCGGUCCGAAAAGCCAGUGGAAUGAUUAAAGUCCAUGGUUCAGACGGCACAGAUCAACUUGCUGGGAGGAGAGGAGUAUUGGAAUAUGUAGUCAACACAGUUGAGAUGAUUAGCUUCGCUGCCAUAUUGUGUGGUGUUGGGCAUAGUCUGGUGAGGCCGUUUAAAGCUACAUUAAUUGGGAAGAGUAAGAAGAAAAAGAAAAAUUGCAACAACCAACGUAAUCAGCAGUCACAAUUGAGAAGGAUAGAAGUGUUAAACAAACUUGUAUCAGAACUUCAGGGUGCAGCAGAAGAACUGGAUUCUGCAUUGGAGUACUGGGAAUCACUCCCACCAACUCUGUCUGUCAUCUCAAUUUUUGCUGAAGACCUGCCAUCACACCUACAAGCACUGUGUCUCUUUGAAAGUGAACAUGGUAAUCAGAAUGGUUGCUGUAACUCAACACGAAGUGGUCUUGGAUCAGCUGUGGACACAAAACUAUAUGAUAGCCAUAUGUCUUCACUUAGAGAGAUUCGGAAUCUGCUGCAAGUGAAAAUAAAGUAUCUAUCCAGUGUAAAGAUUUAACGAUAAAUUUACUCGGCCUGAAAUCUAAUGCAUGUGGAAGCAUUAGUUGUGAAAAGGUUUUUGUUGAAAUUUGUUGCAGUGGAAAAAUGUUCAUUUAUUGGUAGAAGUAUGUGGUUUUGCAGUGCAGAAGAAUGUUAUAAUGGGAGAAAUAUGUGCAAAUCUUCUGUUUUAUAAUAUAUUUCAAACAGAUAGCGCAUGAGGAUACAGCUUUAAGCAAGAAAAAGUGUCUUAUUAUCAUAUUUUGUUAUGUACAUUGCCUGCCUGUAUCUUAUGGUGGCAUAAAAGUUUUAAGCAUUUUCUGGUAUUUUGCACACUGAAGUUGUAUUUGUACCCUUCUGAUCAAAGUUGUAUAUGUUUAUUACAGUACUGUUAUAUAAAGUAAAAAGUAUGGAAACUGACAUUUCUGGGUCACUGAGUGGUCUGAAUUUCUUCUUCCUUGUGUACUCUAGGCAAUGUAAACCAAGAAGUUUUUACCUGUAGAGGAUAUUAUCAUAUUAAUUGCACUUCUGGAUGCAGUUUCAUCAUUUUGCUUAUAUAUAGGAUUAUCAGGAAGCCAGGUACAUGAGCUCUGAUACAGUUUUAUUUGUGUCAAAAAUUACAAUAUGACUGUAGCAGUUACUGAAAAUGUGAGAGUUGACUGAGUAAUUUUUGAAAUGCAUAUUAUAGUAUUUUGUUUUACUUCUGUUGUGUGAGGAUUGUAUUGCACACAUAUUUUCAAAAUCACCAAAGUUAAGUCACAUGAUGGGUCCAGAGGGGGAGCCACCAGAAAUAAUGAUGUCUCUAAGGAAGUCUUGCAGCAUUUUCAUUGUUGAGUUUGUGGAAUGAGCUGUUACUCCAUCCUUCUGAAAUCAGCGGUUUUGUUCCUCAACUUCCAGAAGAGGAACUAAUCACUUCAUCAGUUGUUGGUAGCAUUAGGUUUUUACAGUAUUCCUGAAGAAAGGAGGGCUGAUGUCAAUGUGAAACUCUACAUCUCACUCAAACAUUUAAUUAGUGUGAAUAUGUGUGCUUUAUUCAGGAAUGUAAACUGUCAUAUUUUGAGAAGAAUGUAAGUGUAUGAUUCUAUCACAGAAGGAUGCAAAUAAAAGAAAUUUGUAUCAGUUUGAUGUACCUUUAGUGUUAUGAAACAGUUGACACAUAAAACUAUCUUUUGUAGGACUACUGUAAAUAUGGUGUUAUAGUUGUGUGAUGUGUUAAUGGAUAAGUUCUGGAAAGGUCAAAAACUAAAACUGUUCCUUAGGUAAACUAAUUUAUUUUUACUGAUAUGAAUAAAGAUUCAUAGUAGGUUUACUUUCUUAGAAGUUUGUACUUUAUUGUCAUUUACAUUUCUUAUAUUCUCAGUCCUAAGAGCAUCAACUUUUCUAUUUAAGUAAUUGAACCCAUUUGGCAGUCUUAAUUAACACAUUGUGAUAUCAGAACUGAGUUGCGUGUGUGUGAUACAGAAUGUACUGUUAAUAGAACAAACCAGGAAAGUUGUUCAAAUUUUAUGGUUAAACAUAGCUGGAAUACGUGCCUUAAUGCAUGUUCAGGUGCAGAUGGCUUAGUUAUAUUUCAGCAUGGCUUCCAACAAAUAUAAUAUACAAAAAUUAUGAAAUUCUUCCACAAUGAUUUUAUUAAUCUGGAUAAUUACAGUACAGCAUAAUAUAUCAUUAUUACAACUGCCAGGCUUCAAAGUGAAAUUGCUGCAAGAAACACAAUUGUGUGUAUGUAUAAAUAAAUCCAUUGUUACUUGUAGGUGAUGCAGAUAAUUUUACAGAAAAGUGAAAAUAAACUUUAAGAAGAUCUUGCAUUGGAAAGAAUAAAUGGGUUUUACAUUGUGUGUGAUUUGCUGUAAAUUUAUGUUCUGUCCUCUAUGCUAUCUGUUUGUGUAAACUGUAACGUUGUAUUUUUCCAUUUGGGAUGUUGCACACAUGUUCUGAGAGAUGUUACCAUUUGGAUCCUGUAGUAUUAUAGUAAGAGCACUUAUAUUUAUGCUUAUUAAGUAAGGAGGAUUGCAACUGUAUUAGAACAGCCAAUGAUGAUAAUGCAGUGCCCUCUGUUGUUUGGAAAGUACUAUACGUUGUGUCGUAACAUCUAUACAAAAGAGUCCAGAAGUUUGAAUUUUACAUAUAAAAUGAGAGCCACAUAGAAACUUCCUCCAGCAACUAAGAAUAAGUUUUACGGUAAUAUAAAUGGUAUUUUAUGGACACACUUGCUACAUACAUAGAAUUUUGAUAGCCAUUAUAUGCUGACAUAAAAGGCUGAAAAUUAAAUAUUUGUAAUUAAUGAAAGUCUCUUUGAGAUCAUAAGCUAGUGUAUUAUGGAGACCCUACACUGAUAAAUAUAUAACACAUUUGUUUCAUGUUUAUUAUUGUUCACAUAAUUACCUCAGAAUUUUUUUUAAAAAAAAUAGAACUCUUUUUCAGAUCUUGUAAAUGGCUUUUAUAAAUAGUUGUCUAAUGUAUUCUUGGUUCUUUUACAUGCAGUAUAUCCAUUCACAGAAUAAAAUAUGAUGACAGAAUGAAGAUUUGUUUUAAAUGAGCAUGCAAAGAAGUAGAAGCUUCUUUUUCUUUCUUGCAAGGUUUGGGCCCAGUAGACCUGUUUAGAGGUUGCAUAAACUGUUACAAAGUGGAAGCAGAAUUUUUAAUUAGAAUGCAGACUGGUUUUUCAUCGUUAAAAGUAUGUUGUAGAUAAAGAAAAUCAAUACAGAAUGACUAGAAAAUGCUGUUUUAUUUUUCUUUUCUCUGAGUAGUAACAUACAUAAACUACAAAUGUGAACACACUUUAAGGGCCCAGUGUUAGGGUUUACUGUAAAAGGACACAGGAUGAGGGUUAAAUUCUUUUCUAAUUAGAAAAAGUAUUUUCCAAUUUUUCUUCAUAUACAGACAUUGACUGGAAGCAUCUGUGAGAUCACUUUAUUUUCUUUUUAAGUCUUCUGCAGAUGAAGUUGCAGUUAUGCUGGCAAAAUAUUUUGGUUUUGAUUGUGUCAUAUUAAUUGGUAGUUUAUCUUACGUAUAUUUGUGAUAUUCACACACUAUCAAAUAACAAUGAAAACGGAAUAAAAAAGAGUAAAGGAGUAGAAGUACUAUUUUUGUUUCAAGUGUAUGAAUCACUAGGUCCUAAUUUAAAAAAAAGGUCUUUAUGUUGUUUUUUUCAGGACUACAGCAGUAUCAGGUAUAGUACGCGGCUGUAAUCUUGAGACUUGCAAGGAAUGCAGGAAGUCUGAAGGGUUAAAGGCUGACGCUAUCUUUCCUCCUUCCUCCUUCACCCCACUUCCUCACAAGUCUCAAGAUUACAGUCUUAUACUGUACUUGAGAGUUUUAUAAUUAUACAUUACUUAAAUGAUAAUGUAAACAUAUGUAUCACAGGAAGGACCUUUAGAAGUACUAGUACUAGAAGCAAUCAUACAUUUUGUUCAAAACAGAACUCUCUCAGUACUGGCGAAAGUGUUGGAGAGGCUAUUGUUUAAUGUCGUAUUUAUCAUCAGUAGAUGCCAAAUUUAUUUUUUCUAAGUUAAUAUAAAAGGAUUACUUAAAGAUAAAUAUAAAAUUGGUGUAUAUGUGGACAUAACUUGUACAUAAAUACUGCUUCUUGAUCAAUCAUAUUAUUUUGUUCUUUUAUUUUUUGAUAACCUUUGAUAUAACAAUCUUCUUGUUUCAUGCCUUUAGGAUGUGCUCAUUUUAUAUUAAUGCCAAUGUGUGUGCAACAUUCUAUGUCAUGUGUAAUGUAUGAAAUGAAAAAUACCAAUCAAUGAACAUGAUUAUAGUUCAGUUUUCAGAAUUCUUCCAGUACAGGUUUUCAGAAUUUGUUACAUCUAUCUGGAUAUUAUACACAAGAUUUUAUGUUCCCAUGGCAGUGAAGGUGUCAUUGUUGGUUUUUGUGGGUGGUAAUGCCAUGUGGACUUGUAAGUAGAUCCCAUCAUUUUGGAGGAAAAUAACUGCCAUCAGCAUUACAUUGGUAUGUACCUACAAGUUUACAUGGCAUUACGACCAAGAAGACCAACAUGCUGUACAUGUACAGAUUAAUUAUAGCUAUUUUUUGUAACUGUUAUAUCUGAAGACUUGAUAUUUGUAUUCCUAUUUCUGGACUUAUGAAAUUAUAUGAUCAGAUACAAAUUAUAUUGGUGGAGGUUCAUUUACUGUGAUAUGUAUAAAAUAUAUAUGUAACAUAUAAGUAUAGGAUUAAUAAUUUCUGUUUAUGUUAUGAAAAUGAGCACCUGAUCACUUGAUGAGAAUUUUCAAGUUUUCGUAUUGUUAGCAAGAUGAUAGGAGCUAGAUGCCAGAGUGAGCUAUGGUAUCACUGCUUUGGUAUCAUUUUGUUCAUUUUAUGUAGUUGGUAACCAUAUGUCUCAAAAUUCCAAACGUCUGAUGCAGUUCUUGUAGGUUUUUGCAACUAUAGUUCAGUUUGUAACUUUGGCUUCCGGGUGAAAGCUACACCGAAAUGUUGUUGAAGAAUGAAUAUUUGACAUGCCUGCCACUCAAAAGCUGAAGUCAUAUGUCAGUUGCAAUAUUCAGUGUCUUGAAUAAGACUGUACUUAAAACAUGCUCUAGUAGACAGUGCAUUUACAUGAAACAUGACAUUGAUUCAAGUUCAAAAUUGCAUUUUAAUUUAUACCAUUUCUCAGGACACAUUAUAAGAACAGCAAAUUCUGGACUACUUUCUCAGUACUAUAAGACAUAAUUCAUUAAAUAUUAAACAAGAUGAGAUAAUACAAGGCAUUUUUAUAUUUUGAUCAUGGGCUACAUAAUUUUAAACCAUAUUAACCCCCUGAAGUAAACACCUUGCUGUCAUAAUGAGAUUAAGCAACUAUAGUGCUAUGACUUAAAGGUAACAGUAUUAUGAAUAGUCUUGAACAAUGUGUUAGAAAUUAUACUGCACAUAUUCCAAGCACUUUCGUGAUAUACAGUUCUAUCGUAAAAUACUUAAAUAUCAAUAAUUUGUACAUAGAUACUGGUAGAAUUCAGAAAACUGUUCUACCACUGCUUGUUUCUCAAGGGUGGUCAUAUAAAGAAAAAAUAUAAUGUAUAUGAAUGAUAUGUUUACACUGAUAAAUGACUGUCAAGUCAGUAAGGGUAAAAAGAAUUCCGUCUUCUGAAAUGUUGGUUAACAUCGACCAGACUACACAGCGCAACAACCCAGAAGACGGAAUUCUUCAUACUCACCGCUGUGAAAACCUCAAAUCCUACACAGUAAGGGUAAGAUUAUCAAUUGGUCUGAUAUUGACAGUGAAUAAGAAUGGAAUGGGAAAUUUAUGAUAUCACAGGCUGUUUUGAAAAAAAAUUAUAGUUUUAUUUGUAAACAUCUUUCUGAAUCAUUUACACAUUCAUCAUGUAUGUAUAUGUGUGCAUGUACUGUAUAUAUGCGUACAUAUGUAUGUGCUUUCAAAAAUUUUCAGUCAUUAUUUAAUGGACAGUUUUAGUAUACUUAUUAACUCAGUCAUUUCAAUCAAAAAGUAAGUGAAUUAUCAUUUAUCCUGAGAAAGGACCUGUUAUGUAUAAAUGCAUCAGCACAAAACACAGAUGACUUGAAUGAAUAACACUUAUUAGGUGAUGUAAGUGAAUUGUCUGUAUUGAUUAUUUUUCUGUGGACCUGUUCUACUACUCCACAUCAUCGUAUAACUUCUAGUUAUAUCCAUUAUGCAAAUGAUUCAGAAUGGUGACAGUGGAUUUUAAGUGACAGCCAACAAUUUGAUAACAGGAAGUUCCUGGUUGAAAUGGCAAUUUAAUAAGCAUUACUGAAAUUGAGAAUCGAGGGGUUUAAUUCACUCUUUAAAACCCAGUUGUAAUUGUAUGUAUUACCUACUUUAAUAAUAUUUAUGGGUUCUGUAUUAUUCUGAGAGUAAACAGCACAAGCAGUUGAUUUUUUGCAAAUGAGGUAUGAUAUGUUUUCUUUGAGGUAAGAAUUGAAGUCAAAUAUAAUUUUUAUGAACUGUGGAUGCAAAGGAUUAAGGGACUUGAUGUAGACAGAGAGGAGUUAUAUUUGCUAAUGUGUGAUGGUAUGGGGUGGACCAGUCUGUAGUUACCAAACUUAUAUGAUUGCAUCUUCUAUUUCUGACUUACAAAUGCCGAAUCAAAUUACAUAGCUAAACACAGUUUUAUAGUCAGUGAUGCCUUAAUGAUUUAUUGUUUUCUUUCAGUUCCGUACUUACAAGCCUCAGGCUGUAUGGUGUUCAUAAUAAUUCUCCUUGUGCAGCUAUUCUUAUAUUUGUGAUAAAAGCGUAACAUCUUUACGGAUUUGACGAAUUAAUGUGCAUCCCAAUUUUAUAGAAAAUUCACACACUCACAUAAUUUCAUCUAUAUUUAAACAUUUCUGAUAAGCAGAGUUCUAUUCCUAGAUAUUGCAUGUGAAUUUGUCUGAUAUAACAACUCAUUUUUUUUAGAAAGAACUUGAAGAUUUGUUUGUGGGACAGUGCACUUUAAAAAGAUUUAGGUGGUGUCAAAACUGGACUGUAGCUUCCUAAACCAAAGCAUGGAAAGUUUUUAGAAUUAACUAAUAGUUAAUUCUUAAUUAGUUUUAAUUUUUUUAUGAAUAUUCAGUUCUGCAAGUAUGAAGUAAUAUAGCUUUAAACUGCAUGGCUUUAUUCCUGCUACAGUUGUUUUACAAAGUUUAUAGAAAAUAUAAAUACAAAAUUUGUUAUCUUUCUUAAGCUCCACAUGACAGGUGGAAAUACUGUUGAGUGUACUUAAGUGCAACUACAAACAUCUGAUUUUUGGAUGUUUCUUAGGUGGUUGAAUUUGUGUAUGCAAACAGCAAAAAAAAAAAUUGAAUAAUAUUUUUUGCUGGAAGCUGCAGUGAGUUGAAACAGUCAGUAACUGUGGUUAUGUAAUACAUUAGAUUUAACAAAUGUAGUGCCACCAUAUUUUUUGUGGCUAUCUGCCACCUCUAAGCCGAAAUUAAAAACAAAUAAGGAAUUUUUAGAGGAUUUCUUUUAAAUAUGGAGAGAGACAUUUUUAUUGAUAAAUUACAAUAAUAUCCUGCAUGUUUAAGGACAAAGGCAGACAGUUUUCUAAUGGUAUGAAGGUACAGGUCGUUGUUUAUGGAUGUUUUAUACAUAUUCAUCUCUGGUAUAAAUAAUGUUAAGAUGAGAGAUGUGUACCUUCCCUCUGUCUACGUCUUUCUGUAAAUUGUAUAGUUUGUGCAAAGAAAAUGUGAUUUUAUGAAUAUCUCAUUCCUAUAAGUUUUCCUCACUCAUAAUGAGACUUGUGAAUAUUCUUCAGUAAUAAUACUUAAUGAUUUUGGUACAACACUAUAGUGUUUUUCUUACAUGUACGGUUCUUAUUGUGUGCUGUACAGAUGUAUACAGACUGACUUUUGUCUUUCGAUAAAUGGUUCUAAUUGCACUAAUUUAUACUUUUGUGGAUAUGAAAGAGAUUGUGUAAUUUACUAUUACUUGCCUUCAGUUUAGUUAUGAUCCAAUUUAUUUCAUUGUUUUGGGUGUGUACAGCAUUAGCCAAAAGUCAUUCCUUAUAGGAAAGAUUAUAAUUUUGUGUUAUUUUAUAUAAUGAAGUACCCUAUGGGAAUUUCUGAAAAUGUAAUUUUUAAUUGUCUUCUUAAUUUUGAAGGUAUACUGCAAAGAGAGAAAUGUACUGUAGAGACAUUAAUUUGUAUGAAACUUAUAAGGUGUGAUUUUUGCAGUGCCCAUUGAGUUUUUAAAUUUAAAAUCUAAUUAAACUAACUUGCAGAGUUACACAUUUCAGAUACUGUAUUGCUUUGUUUGCAGAGUAAUUUUACUUUGUUGUUAUUUGUAUUAGUAGUGUUCAGUGCUCCAUAAAAUGUUAUGUUUAAUUUUACACUUUUAGACAUCUCAGGUGUAAACAUCUUUGCAUCUCAGCACCUGACAUUUUUUCAAUAGCAGUGUUGUUAGGAUUGCAUUGAAGUAUACUUGAAGCAGAUGUUGA